AUGGCGGGGAAUCGCCGCCCCUGUGCGAGCCUUGGGCUCGGGCUGCUGCUUGUGUGGUUCAGCUGCAGUGUGCUGACAUGGCUGGUGCCCACUUCACCGGACCCCGCCCGCUUGGCUGGGCAGUCGCAGUCGUCACACAGGGGCAGAAUGCACUCCAGAGUGCUCCGCAUGGCUGUAGGUCCUGAGCUGAGAGCCUAUGCACAGGGGCUGCCAGUCCCUCCAGAUUACACUGGACCGCCUUAUGCUGGGCCCAGCUCCGUGAACGAUGCCUUUGUGGACCAUUUGUUGAAUAUGUACAAGACUCAGGCCAAGUUGCCCAUAAAAUACGCCUACCUCAUGGCACUGGAUGUCUUGGACCUUCUGAAGCAGGAAAAGACGCUACAGCGAGUGGCAGUUCCUCCAGGAAGCAAGAUCACAGUUGUGGGAGACUUGCAUGGGCAAUACUUUGACUUUGUUCACAUGAUUGAGCAAGUGACCGGAAAGCCAAACCCUCAAAACCCAAUCCUGUUCAACGGCGACUUUGUUGAUCGAGGGCCUUGGUCUGUGGAGGUCUUGCUGUGUUUGUAUGCCUUCAAACUUCAGUAUCCCAUGGCUGUGCACUUCAAUCGUGGCAACCACGAGUCGGAAAUGACCAACUAUCAGUAUGGCUUCGCCAAUGAGGUGAAAGUGAAGUAUGAAGAGAAGCUGAUGGAACUCUUCAGUGAAACCUUUCGCUACCUCCCUUUGGCAACGGUUCUUGAGAACCAGGUCUUUGUCUCUCAUGCAGGUGUCCCUGGACCCGAGGAGCGACUCUGGGAAGAAUGGAUGCAAAAGGCUCCAGAUGAGGCUGCCGGUGUCCUGAAACGGGAGAAGCAGAUCAGCCUGGCCGAGAUCGAGGCCACAAAUCGUGUCUGCGAGCCCAAUCCCAUGGAUUUCCCACUGGUGAUCGAUUUUCUCUGGUCGGACCCCAAGGGCGCCAAUGGCUAUGGACCCUCUACCAGGGUUCCGAUGGUCUACACCUUCGGCCCAGAUGUGGCGCAGAGAUUCUUGCAGGCCAACAACCUAAAGUAUAUGCUCAGGUCCCAUGAGACCAAGUCUGCUGGGUGGCAGGAGACCAUUCCCAACGUUAUCACUGUCUUCAGUGCACCGAACUACAUCGACCGCGCAGGAAACAUGGCAGCUGUAGCAGUUCUCACCAAUCAGGGGGGGAACUUGGACAAGCAGCAAGUCUUUGGCACCGGCAUCGUGAUGCCGACCUUGGGAACCGGUAGAUCGAGAUAUCGAGCGAUGUUACAGAGCUUGUUCCUUCAGCAGUUGGUCUUGCUGCGACAGCAAGCCGCCGUCAAGUUUGGCAAAGCUUCCCGACCGGUGGAAGCUGUCUCACAAGCUGACCAGCUAUUUGUGACACAGGCUGAAGAGCUAAAAAGGCCCGGCAGCACAUGGAGCUACGACGUGGACCGCUACGCCCUGCGGGCCGUUUUGGAAGGCACCUUCCGCCGCGAGGCAGCUUAUGCUGAUGAGCAUCGGACGGCCGCCCGUUCUCAGCAGUCCACAGUGGAGAUCAUCAGUAGGCUGCAAGGCCAGAUGGAGAAUCUCCAAAUGCGACUGCAGCACAUGCGUGCAGGUCAACCUUGGUUUCUCUCCAGUUCUUACAGGAUUCCUGGUACGCCAAUUACGAUGAUUGGUCGUUUCCAGCAGGGGCGUGCCAGCAUUGAGCUGAACUUGGCGGCCGACAGGCUUGUCAAAGGGGGCAGUCAUAGCUUGGGGAUGGUUGGACGGUAUGAUGAGAUAUGA